AUGGAGCAUCAAGCAGGUGCACAAGCUGUGCUACCACCUGGUACAGUAUGCGAUACAUUCGUACUCCAGAACAUGUUGAGCGUCGGCGGAUUCGGUCAGAUUUUCGAAGCUACCGUCAAAGGGAAUCCUAGAGAAAGAAGUGUGGUGAAAGUGGAAGCACAAUCGGCAAUGUUUCAACUUCUAUUCAACGAGUGUGCGUGCCUCAAGAGUCUAAAUGCUGCUUAUAAUCCCAACAACUAUCUGGAGUCAACACCGUUUCUUCGAUUUCAUGGAUACGGUACCAUUGAUGGUUUCCGAUGGCUGGCAAUGGAAAAAUGUGGAGACAAUUUGAGUGAUCUGAGAAAAGCGACACCUUUGAAUCGAUUCAGUGUUCCAACAUCACUGUUCAUCUUGUCGAAAUUCAUUGAAGCUCUUCAAAUGAUGCACAGUAUUGGAUGGCUUCAUCGUGACGUAAAACCAGCGAAUGUGUGCAUCGGAUUGCACUCACCACGUCAUCUGUAUUUGUUGGAUUUUGGAAUGAGCAGAAUUUAUGUGGAGAAGGACGGGACUUUGAAGCCAAGACGAGUCACUGCUCCAUUCCGAGGAACACUUCGCUACGUUUCUGUUAAUAUUCAUCGUAGACAGGAUGCAAGCAGGUGGGAUGACAUUUGGAGUGCAUUCUACAUCGCCACGGAAAACAUGGUUGGGUAUUUGCCAUGGCGUCGGAUGGGAGAUACAAAGAAAGUGGAAGAGACCAAGGUAGUAUCUGAUCUGGCUCGCCUCAAGUACGGAUCAGAAGCAGCUAGACCAAAUAGUAUGCAUGUCAUCGAAAACUAUUUGAAUAUGUCUCAACUCGAUCCAUCCUAUUUCUACCAAGUUCCUCCUUAUGAGCAUAUGCGUCGAGAAAUUGACACUGAUCUUCGUCUUCGUGGCUACUCAAUGUCAUCUGUACUUCUUGAUUGGAUGACUGUCCAGUAUGCACCAACUCAUCAGUAUCACAUGAAUUCGUAUUUCCCUCAAAAUCGUAUGAGAACCCCACAAAAAGUUCACAAACGGAUGGAAAGAGAAUACGAAAGAUCUGUGUGCUUUUACUAA